CAAAAACUUAACAAUUUUAUGAAUUCAACUAGGGCCAUUGGUAAAUUGGUUUAAUAUAGAAGAGUAACAAAAGUGUUGUUAAAGUUCUACGAUAGGGAAUACUAAUAAAAAAUCUUGUGGAUUCUGAUAUAAGGAAUGAGAUUUUUCUAACCCACAUGGAACAAUCAAGUAACGUGAAGGAACUGUGUAAAAAAAAUAUCAAAUCUUUGUUGAAUGUAGACAAUGGAGUUUCUGCCUCUCGUGCACCAAAAUCGAUUAAUUGCAUCCAGGCUGAACAAAGAUUCAAAUUCGAUGUCUUGAAGGACAGAAAAUGUAAGACUGUGUCAAUAAAGGAUGAAAAAUUUAGAAAUAAUUGUGAGAAAGGCUUACAUUCAAAGAAAGAUUCUUUCCCGGGAAAAGAAAACUUAGAACCAGCAGUUUCAAGAACCCAGCAUAAAAAAAGUCUUCAUUUAGUGUUACCGACCUCAAAACUCGAUGCACCCAAACCAAUACAUCAACUCAAUGAACACAAAUUCGUCAAGCAUGUUCCAAGGGGAGAAGUACAAUCCAUCAGUAUUUUGAAAAAAGAUGUUUCCCCAAUCCAACCAAAUCCGUAUGCUCCCAUUAAAACUCUAGUUUCCGGGUAUAUCACAAAAGUGGCAAUUUCCAGACGAUCCUUUAAACGUUCCAUAGCUAGUUUAGAUGUGGGUGAAGAUUAUUCUGAAGAAUUUUUAGACGAUAUGAUGAAUAACAGCAAAACACAAGAAAAACGUAUAGUCCUACCUGACAAUUUUUUACAAACUUUUAAUACCAAGCCAUUAUAUAGACAAUAUGUUGUCAAUUGGAUGUUAAAUGCACAGCAAGUCUUAUUUCUUGACGACAAUGAAUUUUAUCUAGCAGUUAAUUUGCUGGAUCAAGUUUUAUCUAGAAUAUCAGUCCCAAAAAACAUGUAUCAGCUAGUAAGCCUAGCUUGCUUGUUGAUUUCCAAUAAAUUUAUUGGCGCUGACACCCUUGAUAUGGCAAUAUUGAUAAAAAUAUCUUCAAAUAUGUAUAUCGAACAGCAACUAAGGAAUAUGGAACAAAAGAUAUUGAAAUUACUUGACUUCCAUAUACAUACCGUAGAACCGUCGUUUUAUAUUAAUGCUUACUUAAAAACUAUACUGAACGUCGGACCGACAUCUAAUGUUUAUAUAUCUGUAUAUUUCAUCCUGGAUUGCGCAGUCCACGUAAAUGAAUAUUCAUCUAUACCAUGCAGCAUCGUCGCAAUAGCAUGUAUAAUCAUAGCGUUGCAGUGCUUCCACACUGAUUUGUCUGAGAGAGCCAAAAAUUAUUUCGAAGAAAAUAUAUCUCCAGAAGAAUACCACUUGUGUAGAAAUAUCAAAAAGCCCAUUAUUUCUCAACUGCGAAGUUUGAAGGAAGAUCAACUGUCUUUAACAAUUUUCAAUAAAUAUAAGCAUUAUAAGUGGAUUGUUGGUGGAGAAGACCUUAUAAAUCAAAAAAAAACAUGAAAUAUUUUUUAUUAUCUACUACUUUGCUCAAGUUUGAUUAUUUACUGUUUUCAAGGAUAUUUAACUAUGUUUCAACGAAUCACUAAACAACAGAAAAUUAUUUGGAGCUGGACUUCAAAUGUUAAUAGUUUUUUAUAUCAAGAAUCUAAAUUUGAAACUCUGUGCAGGAAUUUUGGUCACUAUUAAAACUCUUUUUGUAGCUUUGUUUUGACAUUUCUCUUCAUCAAAUUAUCUUGGGCACUUUGUACUCGAUUAAUGUAUUGCUUAUUUAAUUACUGUUUUAUAAAUUUGAUUAGUAAUAAAUUAUAUAACAGCGGUGUUCUAUUCCGUUACUUAAUUUCAA